AUGGUAGGCUUGACAACCGAUGGCGCUCCAGCUAUGGUGGGUUGUGAUAAGGGUCUGGUGGCGUUAUGUCGUAAAGAUGAAACUUUUCCGCAAUUUCUCUCUUACCACUGCAUUAUCCAUCAGCAAGCAUUAUGUGGAAAUUUUCUGAAACUAAACAACGUUAUGAAACUGGUGGUAAAAAUUGUGAACAAGAUUAGAGCUCAAGCAUUACAAAGAAGAUUAUUCAAAACUUUGGCCGAUGAAGUCGACUGUCAAUACGGGGACCUACUCCUUCACUCUGGAGUCCGAUGGCUAAGUAGAGGACGAGUGCUGAAACGUUUUAAUGAUGUCCUAUCUGGCAUAGUUCAAUUUUUCAAACAACGCGAUGAACCGAUUCCGGAACUAGAAAAUUCAAUCUGGCUUCGGGAUUUUGGUUUUCUCGUGGACAUUACAGAGAAAUUAAACGAACUUAAUUUGCAGCUUCAGGGGAGAGACAAAGAACUAGCGGAAAUGAUUUCUGAUAUGUUUAUCAGAAAACUGGAGUUUUGGGAACAAAACCUAAUUAACAGCGAUGCCAAGCAUUUUCCUAUUCUUUCAGAAAAGAUAUCUCAAAAAUCCAUUAGAACCCUAUGA